UCCCAUCGCAACCGUUGGAUAUAGUUCUACUUGUGAUCAAGUUUUGAAAAAUUGUGAUAUUCUUAAUUAAUGUUAUGGAAGGAAAUCAGUGAUAUAUUGUGUUUAUGUUUGUAAACUUUGGUAGGUUCAAAACCCUGGAUAUUGCUUAAAGUUGUCUCUAGUGUACAAUCUGGCAAUAUGUCCCUUUAAUUUAUUACUGUGACAGCAGUUGGAUACAUGUAAACAAAAGACAUUUGAUGGUGUGUUACAUUUGGUUAGACCUGAUGAAGAUGUAGAAAUUAAUUUGUGUUGAGGAACAUGUAAUUAUCGGCUGCAUUUUUAGCCAAAUUAAAAUCAAAAUACGCAACAGAAAUAUCGAAAUUUGUUUCUUAAAGUACAAGUGACAAUAGAUAAGCAACAAAAUGAGAGGUGACGAAUUGUUAAAAAAAUCAAAAACCAUGGAUAAAGAAAAUAAUGUGAUAUCAACGAAUCCCGGAACAAUUCUAAUGGAUGUUAAUCUGCAGGGAUUAAGUGUUACAGAUGCUACAGAUGAAGAUAAGGAUUAUGAUAAAGUGAUUAACUCAUUAGCGGAUUAUCAUAAUUAUCUUUCAAUAACUCAGACAACAUCAUUGUCAGAUGAUGAAAACAGUUUAUCAGAAAAGUCUUUUGAAGAUGAUCAGGUAUAUGAUAAUUUAACAUCACCAGUGUUUGAGACAGCACAGAGUGUUGAUGAAGAUACACCAGUUUAUCAAGAUCCUGUUGAACGAGAUCGACAGAUGUUAGAAUGGAAAGAAGAGUUAAUAAAGGUUGAAGGCGAAAUAGCUACAUUAAGACAAGUAUUAGGAACUAAAGUUCGUUACGCUUCAGAAUUAAAACGUAAGAUGGGAAUUACACCAUUCCAGGAAUUUAAAGCUGAUAUGGCUACCAGUUUAGAACAUAUUAAAGGAUCAGAAGGUUACCAAAAGACCAAUGCAAAAAUUACUGAAAUUAAUGACAAGAUAACGCAUUCAACGGCGUAUCAGAAAACAACUGGUAUUGUACGACAAGCAUCAGAGAAAACUACAUCAGCCUUUUCUGCUGUGGGAGCCACAGUUUCGAAAAAAUUAGGAGAUAUAAAAAACUCACCUACGUUUAAAUCUUUGGAAGAAAAGGUUGAACACACUUACACAAAUGUUAAGUCGUCUCGAUCAAUAGAAAAUUUAAAGGAGAAAUUGGCCAAGGUCACAGGAAGUAAAUCCACCAAUGGGCUGAAUGAAGAAUUAAGAGAAGAACCAGAGAGUGAUUCAGCUUCCUUAGUUACAAGCCCAUCCGGCCCACUACCAGAAGAAAAAGUUCCUUUGAAUUAAAGAUUACUAUUUCCACCAGGGUUUUUAAAAUGAAAUUUGACACUUAUACAGUAUCCACUAUUUUGGAAAAUUCUUAAAGAGAUUUGUUUUUCUUUUGCGUAAAUGUUCCAUGUAUAUAGAAUUAUAAUAGGCCAAGGAAAAAAAUCCUAGUUUCUGAAAAAAAAAUGUAAAUUAUGUUUGCAAAUGACAAAUAUUGUUGUGAAAAUGUCAUUCUAAUUUUAGUGGGUUUUUUUUUGUGAACAUGUCAACAUGCGAAAUUGUAUUGUAUUCACAUAUUUGUAAAUUUGAAAGUUUAGUGUAUAUUUAGUGAAAAUUUUACAAUUAGGUAAUGAAUGAUAUAGGUAAUAUCUAGGUUUUGUACAGGACCAGGAAAAUGUGAUUUAUUGGAUUUAAGGCUUUAAUUAAAAAUAUUUGAUUUACAAAUCUCCAUUUAAUUAAAUCUUAUUAUCUGAAAAUAUCAUCUUGAAAUUUUGGAAAUCAAGACUUUGAAGUAUGGUACACACAAAUCUUCAUUUAAUUAAAUCUUAUAUGUAAUAAAUAAAUGUAAAAGCAAAUUUUGAUUGAUGAAAUAGGCUUAUGAAAUGAAUUUCAAGGGUGUUGGUUAAAAAUGACCUCUGACCUCCAUUGCCCUCCCUGCUUGAUAUUAAGGAGUGACGACUGUGGACCAAUCAAGUAGCAGGGUUAGAGACACGAUCAUCAAGUGUCUUAAUGACCAUGUUUAACUUUCACAAUGGAUACAAAAGAUUUAUGUACACCUAAAUUGAAUAUUUUACUACAAUAUUACUUUUUUGAAAUUUCAUAUACCUAAAUAGAGGGUAUAUAUAAUUUUAGAACGUAAAUUACAAGGCAUUUUUAACAACUAUCACUUACUAAAAUUUAGACAGGAAUUUUGUUUUAGUUUUGACCUAAAUCAAUUAAAACCAUUAAUUUUGUUAUGAUUGUUAAAUGUAUGAAAGCUAACAAUUGCUAUUUAUGUUAUGUUACAUAUGUAUUUGUUAUUGUGAAAUGAAUAUAACUCUAUAAUCUGUAUAAGGCCAAGCUAAAAAUAUAAUUUGUUCUAAAUCCAAUGAAGGUGGCAUUUUUUUUCUGUUUGGAUUUUUGUGGUGAAAAUAAUAUUACAUCAUUUUAGUAAUUUGUUAUCACACGACCACCGUAUAUAUACGAGUUCACCGAAUGUAUGUCCAAAAGAAAUAUAUUGAAAACUGUUCAUUUUUGGUUAAAAAGAUUUGUUGAACAAUGGUUUAUUUUAGUAAGGCCUAAUAUUACUUGUUAUGAAAUCUAUAUGCUUGUUUAAUACUAUUAAUCAAAGUUAUAACUACUGUUUUAGCCAUACUAUUUGGAAAUCAAAAUUUGAUGCCUGCUUCUAAAAAAAUAUAACUAAAACUAUUAAUCUAUAUUUCCGUAAAACAAAAAAUAUUCCGGACUCAAGACUGGGCGUGAAGAAUAUUCGAAACCAAAUGCUAAUAGGCAAGCUUAUACCCAAAUUCUGUGGGCUUAUGCUCACAGUCUGUUCUUUAUUGAUGUUAUUGUAUAUGGCAAAUGUCAAUCAACACAAGUGCAAUUAUGAGAAAUGCUCAUAAACUAUGAAUUACAAACUUUAUAAAUCGGUUUUCUUCCAUUAGUAAAAUUAUACGACCGUUCUAGCCUAUUUUAGUGAGAUCACAGUUGCUUGUACUAUAACUAGGUUUAGACACAUGGACUGGUAUAGGAAUUCAACAAGUGGGAUGGGGAUACAGAUGCACCUUUAAAUAGAGUUGCUGCCUACCCUGUCUUGUAUUUUCACAGAGUUGUCCCAGCACUUUUCACAAGUUUGUUUUUGUCAUAAAAUUACUAUAUCUCUCUCUCUGAUAGUGAUUAUGACUGAAAAGUAACCGCAUUUCAAGAAAUAGAAUCUGACAAAUAUUUACUAUUUAGUAAACAAAAUAAUUUGGUGUUAUUAAUAUUAAGCUUAUCUUACUGCCAAAUCUAGAGUUAGCUUUCCCAAAAAGUAACUAAAAUAUAGUCUGUUUUCUAUAUACAUGUACUGCACUUGUAUAUACCCUAUUAUACGUGUAUGAUGUUAUAUUAUGUUCCGUUUUCUUUUUGUAGCUAUUUGUGUGUUCAACAUCUGUUUAGUUGUAACUUCAUUAAAUCAGUUCAGUUAAUGUCUCUGAUCGUCAUUUGAGUGAUUUUCAAUCCCUUGCAAACUACAAUAUACAAUAUUAUGAAAACUUAAUCUCUAACUCUUCACGAAAUAUUAGUCAAAAAAUUGUUUAAUUCUGUUUUGUAUUUACAAAGAUAUUAUUAUCUAUUGAAAAUUUUUCAAGAUUGGACAUCCCCUGCAGACAAUUUAUAAACAAGAUAUGGCCAAACAGGCCAUUGUCACCUAUAAUCUUAGCUAAAAUCUCUUGUUGGGGCAUCUUUUUAAUCUCCGAGAUAUUGUGAAAAUUUAAAAUAUUGUCUGAACAAUGCAAAUGACGAUCAGCUGCUUUAAAUUUAUUAUUCCAUUUAAAUAUAUUGUAUGGUCAACUUUCGUAAAGUGUGUAAAACAUUUCUUUGAUCAAUUUGAUUUGAUAGUUAAAAAAUUAUUUUCUAACAGAAGAAUUAUUGUGAAUAAAGUCUAUAUAUUUUUUGCAGAUUUGAUUAAUUUCACUCAAAACAAGGGUAAAUCAUAAGAAACUGUGACAUUAAUUGGUUAAUAUUGAAAUUAGGACCAUUGUCUUGUUAAGGACAGCACAUGUAGUUUGUCAUUUAAAAAAGCGAGUUUUUGUCUACAGCAAAUUCAUCUGUGACAAGUCAUAUUAAAAUAGAUUUAUAAAUUGGGAUAAUGCAAUACAAAAAUUUGUUCAUGUUCUUUCAAGAAAAAAAUGACUGACAAAUUUGAAUAUUUAAAAACAUGUAAUAAAUUAUCCCAGUUGUGCAUUAGCCUUUUAUGUUUCUUACUAUUUCUUAGUUUUGAAAUAUUGGACAUUGCCAGGGGGGUUGUUUCAUUGAAUUUCUGUUCAGAGUUCUUUCCAAAUAAGAAACCAUGAGUGUUAUUACAUUUUACAGGCCAACAAAUUGUAUUAUAAAUUAAACCUAAUGUAAAUAUAAACAAUCUCUUCCUUUUAUUAAAUUAUUAUGUAGAGUGCUCAAAUAGUAACAUAGAAUUUUAACCAAUAGAAACUUAUAUAGAUAUUUAGUGCUUGUCAUGAGAAAAUGGCUGUUAAAAAAUAGUGAAAACUCAAAAUUGUGAAGGAUUAGAUUGGACUGUAUUGUUCCAAAAGAAUACAGAAAAAUACCUGUUUAUUAUUGACCCUAAACCAAAUUUUACUUAAAAUGUUCCAUACUAUGCUAAAGAUGGUCAUUUUCAUUGGCUGAAAUUUUAAAUACUGAUUGAUUCUUUAACUCUCAGCCAAUUAUAAGGCAGUAAUAUUUGAUUAUAAUGAAACUUUUUAUCAAUAAGUUCACAGAUUGAUAAUAAAUUUGAAGAUUAAGUUGAUUGUCGGCCAUAAUUCUCAUGACAAGAGUGGGGAAAUUAAAAUAAAACAUUCCAGAUCCAGCUUACUGCAUGUAGCUUAUAUAAAUUAGGCAUUUAACGAUUUAAUAUCCUUCAAAAAUAUAUAACACAUUUAAAUGCAAUUAUUGUAAAUGCGGCAAUAUUCAUGAAUAAAUAUUAUAUCAUACA